CGGCUCUCUACUCGUGAAGCUGUUGAGCUGGCGCGAGUUAAAUGCCAAGAUGAGUGCGCUACUGGAAACCUCUCUGGGUGACAUCGUCAUCGACCUGCUGGUCGAUGAUUCCCCGCGCGCCUGUGAAAACUUCCUGAAGCUGUGCAAACUCAAGUACUACAAUUUCGCCCCCGUGCAUAGCGUCCAGAAAAAUUUCUCCUUCCAGACCGGUGAUCCCCUGGGCCCCGACGCCCCCGAGAGCGAUGGCGGCUCCUCCGUCUGGGGAGUCCUGGGCGGCCCUGCGAAAAGAACAUUCCCCAUCGAGAUCCCCCCGAAACUCAAGCACACCGAUCGCGGCACUGUGAGCAUGGCGACAGUACCCGCGACCAACGAUCCGGAUCAGCGCCUCGCCGGUAGCCAGUUCUUGAUCACGCUCGGGGAUAAUUUAGACUAUCUGGACGGGAAAGCGGCUAUCUUUGGCAAGGUGGUUGAGGGCUUUGAUGUCCUGGAGAAGAUCAAUGAGUCCUUCAUCGAUGAUCGUGGUCGGCCCUUGAAGGACAUUCGCAUCCGUCAUACAGUUGUGCUGGACGAUCCCUUCGAUGACCCUCCUGGGCUGGUGGAACCGCCUGAGAGUCCCGUGCCGUCGAAGGCGCAAUUGGAUACGGUGCGGAUCGCAGAUGAUGAGGAUCUAGAUGACGAUAUGGAUGAAGAGGCUAUGGAGAAAUUGCGCCGGGAGCGCGAAGCUCGUGCCCAGGCUUUGACUCUGGAGAUGGUGGGUGACCUUCCGUUCGCCGAUGUCAAGCCUCCGGAGAAUGUCCUUUUUGUCUGCAAACUGAACCCGGUCACGCAAGACGAGGACCUCAAUCUGAUCUUCAGUCGCUUCGGCACCAUCCUGUCCUGCGAGGUCAUUCGAGACAAGCGUACGGGUGACAGCCUGCAGUAUGCGUUUAUCGAGUUCGACAACCAGAAGGACUGCGAACAAGCCUACUUCAAGAUGCAGGGCGUGCUGAUUGACGACCACCGCAUCCACGUUGAUUUCUCCCAGAGCGUCUCCAAGUUGUCCGAGAGCUGGCGCAAUGCCACCGUCACCAAGCGCAAACAGCGAGGCGGCUUCGGAGGUGUCGCAGACCUCGAGCAGAAACGCCAGUACCGAGGGUCCGAAUACGAUCGAGUAGACGAGGACGACGAUUCCUACGGGAUGGUCUUCGACAAGCGCAAACAGAAAGACCAAAAAGACCGGCCAUCAGGUCCCCCUCCUCUCCUCAACGAGACUCAUAUCGUGAUCGACGAGGUAGUCGCAGUCCCCGCGGACGAGAUUCUCGAGACAGAUACCGUCGGCGAUCGUACAGUCGAAGUCCACGAAGAGACUCACGGCGUGACCGGGACCGAGGACACCGUGACCGACAUGAUGAUCGCCGACGAUGAAUGUUUCCAAAUGAUUAAAAAGUGUAUCAUCAAAUUACUUGGCUAA